CAACGGUGCAGAACUCCUCAUUGGACGGCCAUUAUUACUAGACGCUGUAUAUGACAUUUGCGAUGUCUACUGAAGGUGAUUCCGUAAAAAGUAGUUUAUCAGAGGCAAAUGAUAAAAAUGCCACUGAUAACCACACAGAUGAAUCGUCUCAAGAUUCAGUCGAUGUUAAGGAUGCUCCAGUUGAUAAACCCGUAGAAAAUAAUGUGAAUUCGGAAAAUGUAGAUAAACCCAAGGAAGAGAGCACCGAAGGUGAAUCAGACCAGGAAACCCCCGAGAAGAAAGACACCCCGGUUCCGGAGGGAAACAAAAAGGCAGAGAAAACAGAGGAAAACGAGAAAGAAAAAGUUGAUGAUGACGUAAAAGCAGAAGCCAAAAAAGGCAAAUCGGAAGACGAAGCUGACAACGAAGAGGAGAGUGAUGCUAAGAAAGAGAACAAGCCAUCGAAAGAGGCCAAAAAUGCAAAAGAGCCCAAAGACAAGGAGGAGAAAGCAAGCACUGCUAGUGAAAAGGAUGAAGAAGAGGACGAAGAAGCUGAAGACGGAGAAGACGACGCUGAUGAAAAGCCAGAGAAAGUCGAUAAAAAGAAGGGGGUGCCCUUGUUGGAUCAGCCUUUGGAAACAUCUGGGAAGCGAGAGCGUAAAAACGUUCAGCGGUUUGAAGAAGACGUGAAGAAACAAGAAACUGGUAAGGUGGAAGUUGAAGAAGGAUCGGGAACAGCUUUGGGAGAAAUCCCUCGGGUAGAAGCCUCAAUAACUCGCUUUAAAAAUGACGAUCUGAAAUUUCUACACCGAUUGCUCUUUAACGUGCAGGGAAAUAAAAACCUUUUCAAGAAAAACAUCAGAAAAUUCAGUGGAUUCGCUUUUGACUCCGAUUCUGACGAGCAUAAAAAGAAGGUUGAAUUCUUGAAAAAAACCGAGUUGAAAUACCUGAAGACUACUUGCGAAAUUCUGGAUCUUACCAAAACUGGAACUAAAGACGACCUUGUGGACAGAAUAAUGGAAUUUCUUUCGGAACCGUCAGAUUCUGGAAAGCCGGUCGGCGGGACUGGAAGACCAAAGCGGGCCUCUGCUGUUCGAGCAAAUAACCGGGGGUAUUCGUCACAUGAUGAUUAUUCCAGCGACGAAAGACAUGCGUCUCGAGCUAGGCGAGAUAAAGGUAAACGAGCAAACCUCAAAGAUGAUAGUUCGAGUGAUGAGGAAUUCAAACCAGGCGACGUGUCAGAUGCCAGCGACGAAAAACCACGAGCGGCCAGCAAACGUAAGCGAGGCCGCAAUAAGAAGGGUUCUUCAGAAGAAGAUGAGAUCAGUUUAAGCGGCGGUUCUUCGGAAGAAAGUGAUGACUUGCCGAAGUCCAAACGCCGAAGGUCCAUAACGAAGGCGAAUAGUAAGGGCAAGUCGAAAACUCCUUCGCGUAGAGGCAGGCCGGCGAAAGGUGCAACUCCCGCCACGCGCAAAGGGAAAAGGGGACGUAAGCCUAAAGACGUAUCAUCAGAUGAAGAAGACGGUGAUAAAAUCGAUGAAGGAAGUUCGUCAGAAGAUGAGCCUUUAGCAAAGAAGAAGGCAAAAUCAGGCGAGCCACCAACGGACGAGGAGAUUAAAACGUUCAUCAAGAGUGUACUAGAUGGAGCUAAUUUGGAAGAAAUCACCAUGAAGACUGUUUGCCAGAGGGUUUACGAUAACUAUCCAGAUUUUGACCUCACCGCUAGGAAAAACUUUAUCAAAUCAACAGUGAAAUCUCUGAUAUCAACGUGAACUAAAACAUCCAUAGCAUCUAAGUAACAUUGUUGAUCAACAUCCUCACAGCUUAUUUCAGUACAAAAUUCAAAUUUUGUCUCCAAUUACAUUUAGUUACUUAAAAACAAAUCAUAUUUUCUAUUCUUUAGUGCUUUACUGUUUGUAAAAAUUAGAUUAAUUUAAUAUAUUUAUCCCAGCUAAAUUCCACCUUGUCAUGAAUACUAUAGAUGUAUAAAAUCCAAACAGACAUGUUUAUCAGAGUGUUAUUUUACGAGUUAUACAUCGGAACUUUUUAAGCUUGUAGCACAGUUUUGUUGUCAAAUUUAACUUAUGUUUUAUGUUGAAACAGAAGAGAGAAUAUUA